AUGAAGUUCCUCGGGAAGCCCAGGAGCCAGCCAGCUGCUUUUCUACCUCUUUGCUGGCUUUUUUUGAGGAUUCUGCAACCAGGGCAUAGUCACCUUUACAACAACCGCUAUGCUGGUGAUAAGGUGAUAAGACUUAUUCCCAAAACAGAAGAGGAAACAUAUGCACUGAAGAAAAUACAUCACCAAUUCAAGGUGGACCUGUGGCAGCCCAGCAGUAUCUCCUAUGUAACAGAGGGAACAGUUACCGAUGUCCAUAUUUCUCAAAAUGCUUCCCGAGCCCUGUUAGCCUUCUUACAAGAAGCCAACAUCCAGUACAAGAUUCUCGUAGAAGAUCUUCAGAAAGUGCUGGAAAAUGGAAACAGUUUGCCAACCCAGAGAAACAGAAGAUCCCUGUCUGAAUAUAAUUAUGAAGUGUACCACUCCUUAGAAGAAAUUCAGAAUUGGAUGCAUCAUCUGAAUAAAACUCAUUCAGGCCUUAUUCAUAUGUUUUCUAUUGGAAGAUCAUAUGAAGGAAGAUCGCUAUUUAUUUUAAAGCUGGGCAGAAAAUCACGAGCUUACAAAAGAGCUGUCUGGAUGGACUGUGGUAUUCAUGCAAGAGAAUGGAUUGGUCCUGCCUUUUGUCAGUGGUUUGUGAGAGAAGCCCUUCUAACAUAUAGGAGUGAUGCAGCCAUGAGAAAAAUGUUAAAACAUCUGUAUUUCUAUAUCAUGCCUGUCUUUAAUGUUGAUGGAUACCAUUAUAGCUGGACACAUGAUCGAUUUUGGAGAAAAACAAGGUCAAGGAACUUAAGGUUCCACUGCCGUGGAGUAGAUGCCAAUCGUAACUGGAAAGUGAAGUGGUGUGAUGAAGGGGCCUCUAUGCACCCUUGUGACGAUACCUACUGUGGCCCUUUCCCAGAAUCUGAGCCAGAAGUGAAGGCUGUAGCUAACUUCCUCCGAAAACACAGAAAGCACAUUCGGGCUUACCUCUCCUUUCAUGCAUAUGCUCAGAUGUUGUUGUAUCCCUAUUCUUACAAAUACGCAACAAUCCCCAAUUUUAACUGUGUGGAAUCUGCAGCUUAUAAAGCAGUGAAAGCACUUCGAUCAGUAUAUGGAGUACGGUACAGAUAUGGGCCUGCCUCCAGAACAUUGUAUGUAAGUUCUGGUAGCUCAAUGGAUUGGGCUUACAAAAAUGGAAUACCCUAUGCAUUUGCCUUUGAACUACGUGACACUGGGCAUUUUGGAUUUUUACUCCCAGAGAUGCUCAUCAGACCUACCUGUACAGAGACCAUGCUGGCUGUGAAGAAUAUCACAAUGCACCUGCUAAAAAAGUGUCCCUGA